UUUGGUCUGACCAUUCUCCAUUGGAGUAUGAACAUGGGAAUGCCUUUGAAUGUCAAGCGGGAUUUAAAAAAUGCUCAGUUGAUACUGGAGUCACUGAAGCGUGACCACGAACAGGCCUUAGUGGCACUGAACACAUUUUGUUCCACCCAAGAUGUCAAACAUCCUUCCGGCGAUAGACUCAAUCUGGAAGCUGAGAAAACAUACAAUCAAGAGAAGAUUCCUCUGCUGAAGUCGGCGUUGAGCCGUAUUCAGAAUGGACUGGAUGAUUCGGAGGCAAGUUUUGUUCUGUUCACGUUCGCGAAAUAUGUUGAUUGCUUGGAGGCUGAGAAUAUGAAACUGGCUUUGCACAACCAGCGACUUUGCGAGGAAACCAGUUGGUUAAGGGAUGAGCUCAAAUUUACGCAAUCCAAACUUGCUGAAAAGGAAUCGUUGUUGGCUCAAACGGUAGUCGAGAAACGGCAUUUGGAGUUCAUGAUGGAGUUGAAUAAAUACAACUUACAGAGUGGCAUCAAUGGAACCGGUGGGAAUGAUGAACGUGCUUCGAACUUUUCAAAAAUGUCGGCCUCUUCUGUUGGGUUGUCAAGUUUGCCCAAGGAUCUCAUUUUAUCUCCGGAGCCAUCAGAGAGAACGCAGGUCAACUAUUCCACUGCUUCUCCCCGAACUUCCACUCCGAUUUUGGGACUAGGCACUUCCAUGACUUCCAGCUUCUUAGAUGGUGACCUCGCGGCAAUCAGCUGUACCCAGAGUUACCACCCUUAUUUGAUUGGCUCAUUUCAUCAAAACUCGCCAACAGCCUCACUGGUUCCCGCACGUCUGCGGACUUUGCACCGCAUCGUCAUGCAAUAUACCAAUCAGGGCAAAUUCGAAGUAGCUGCCUCUCUGUGCCUUCAGGCCAUCAGUGACCUUGAGAAAGCCGGUGGACGUGACCAAACAGAAGUUGCUGUUCUUCUUAAUAUGCUUGCCUUAGUUUACCGUGCUCAGGGCAAAUAUGCCGAAGCUGCGGAACUCCUACAAGAUGUGGUUGCUAUCCGUGAACGCUUAUUCGGUCCAAAUCAUCCUUUGCUUCUCGGCCCAGAUCAUCCAGACGUGGCAAAACAACUGAACAACUUGGCCCUGCUCUGUCAAAGUCAAGGUCGCUUCGAUGAGGUUGAAAUGAGUUUUCGAAAGGCUCUGGAUAUUUAUCUGAAGCAUCACAAACCCUCGUCCCCAAUCGUCCUUCGUGCGAAAAGCAAUUUGGCCUCAGCGCUUCUUAAACGCGGAAACCUAUCAGAUGCCGAAGUCCUUCUCAAAGCUGUUCUUUCGCCGCUGGGAGGCCGACCACAACCAAACUCGUCUCCGUCUGCUUCUAAUUCAUUUACCAACUCGUGUGAGGAAGCGGACUCGGCCGUUUUUUCUCUGUCUUCUACGGGUAGUAUUUAUUCCGCCGCUGAUAAAUUUGAUCCUAUCAACGGACAUCCCGCCAGGCGCGUGGUCCCUAUUUGGCUGGUGGUUGAGCAAGCAGGUCGAGAGGGACGUGAUCAAUUGUCCAAGUUGAUGAAGUUCGAUUUGUCCGCCUGGGCUACCGAAGCUCAUAUCGAACUUCCUAUCGUCGUCAGUGCCUUGCGCAAUUUGGCGAUUGUAUAUCAACGUCAGGGAUUACUACCUCAAGCCAAUCUGUUACGAUUUUGGCUUCAGCCCACAAAUGUGAACGGAACUAUGCCGACUAGCCACCAGGUUGUAACUGAUGCACGAUCGGAUGUAAUUCGCGACUUAUCGAUUUCCAUGCCACCGUCUCCGCAAAUCACGACGUCAUUCGCUGGAAAGCGCGACGGUUGAAUGAAUUCGCACGUAGCAGUCUAUGGCUUUCGUUCGAUGAUUUUUCCCACCGAUGUGGCCAUCAUCUCAUGCAUUUUCGCUGGAUAGCACCAGGAUUCAGUAUUCCGAAUGUGCUUUACUGCGCAAUACGUUUUGUACAUUCUUCCACUCAACCCCGAAUUCUUUCCUGCUUUCAUUUUCUUGCCCUGUCGCUUGUCCUCAAACAGGAUGCCGUGCACCUCGCUGGUAGUCACUUUAAGUUGCGAUCUUUUUUGGAUUUUCUUCAACCGUGAAAAAUCUUUUGUCUUCCGCGAACUGAAUCCUACCACUGCUCGCCGUGCUUUCGAUGUUGUGCUCGUCCAAUCGCUCCUAGCCAGUUCUAUCUGAAUUGCAUUUAUUUCAUUUUUCCCAAGUUAUUCUCUUCAGGGCUCUGCUGAUGCGUCCAAAGCGAUUUUUCUUCCUGUCCAGACAUACAAGACGCUGGUUUGUCAUGUUUUCUCAAAUUCCUUUUACAUUUUGAUUUAGUGACAAACACCAUCACAGCGUGUGCAACCAAUGAGUAGAAAAUCACAUGUCUCCCUGGUACUACUCUGUUGUAACUAGCUUAAAACCACACCGCUCAAAAAAUAUCAUACUAUGCAAAGCG